CCGACAGAACUCCAUGGAAUGAGCACUUCAUGACUACCCAGAAGUGAGCAGAAGUAAAACAUCGGAAGUAGAAAGUAAAAACGCUCCCGAAGCAAUGAACCAGAAGGAUUAAACUGUCGUUAUCUCGGUCGUUUGCGAACUUCAAGUUCCUGAGCUUCGGGGGCCAAAAGAGCAAAAAAAAAAAAAAAAAAAACAUGGAGAGAAGGGGAUUGAGUAAUGGAAUUGGCGUACAAUCAUAUGAUUUAAGGUAGUGUUCAAUCUUCCUUGAUGUGGGACAUAACUUUCGUCACCGUGGGCGCUUAUCUCCUUGUCACUUGUCUCGUUCAUGAUUUUAUAAUGCCAUCGCCGUUGCCAUAAUCACUGUCCAUUACCACCUUCAACUUUCACAUUCAUACCAUCUUUGGCUCAUCUAGACUUGGGCAUAUUUCGUCUUGCACGCCUCUCUCUCUCUCUCUCUCUCUCUCUCUCUCUUCUCCUCUUCUUCUUCUUCUUCUUCUUCACUAAAUUCUUAUUAACGCAGAGAACAUAAAUCCCAAAAUCUCUCCUUUUCUUUCCUUUCCCUUAACAAGCUAGGAGAAUCAUGGGAAGAAAUGGUGAAGAAAACGUGGUCCUUAAUGGAGAUUUGAAGGUCAGUGUAGAUGGCGAGCUUGAGGCAUCGCCAACAAGGCCGUCAAGUCAGAGCAGCAAUAGCAGACCGACCAGCAUGGUUUUUAAGAAAGUAAACAGUGUGAUUCCAGCUCACCUGGUCGCCGAAGCCAUCUCCACCCUGCGAGGGCUCGACCUUAGAUGGUCAGGCCCCAUUACUCCAAGCGAAAUGCAAUACGUCGAACAGUACAUCUUCACCAAAUAUCCCCAGUACUCAAACGGCCUCGUCGAGCCUCACGCCCUCGACAUGGACAGUCUCUCCGUCGCCGACGACUCCGAGGCCGCCGCGGGCUCCUACGACAAGCGCAAGUCGCCGAGAAGGGAUUCCUCCUCCGCUUCGCCCUCCUUCAGUCGCAGCCUCUCCGAUCUCGACCGGACUCAGCUCGAACCGUCCAGACUCCUCGACAUCCUCACGAAGAAGUCGUCGCCGCAAGCGAACUUCAUCUCCAUCCCGGAGAUCCAAGCUCGGAACAGAGCGCUCAAGCACUGCGGACUGACGGAGGACGCCUACCUCGUCCUCUUCGCGCCGAGCUACAGGGACGCGAUGGUGAUGAUCGGGGAGAGCUAUCCCUUCGCCCGGGGGAGCUACUACCUUACGAUCGUCGGCGAGGAGGACGACCGGAUCAGGGACUUCGCGGCGGCGAAGGAGGCGAAGACGGUGUCGGCGCCGGCGACGUGGCUGGACCUCCGGAUCAGGGGGUCGCAGCUGAGCCAGUACUUCAGGAAGAAGUGCAAGCACGUGCCGAAGGGGCUGUUCGCCUACCCGGCGGCGGUGGACGGGACGAGGUACUCGAUGCACUGGAUAUCGGAGGCCCACCGGAACUCGUGGCACGUGCUGCUGGACGCGUCGGCGAUGGCGUUCGGGGACGACCACCACCUCGCGCUCGCGCUCCACCGGCCGGACUUCGUGGUGUGCACGCUCGAGAGCGUGCACGUGCAGCCGUCGAGGAUCACGUGCCUGCUGGUGAGGAAGAGGUCGUUCGAGACUUCGCCGUGAAUUUGACUGCUGGUGAAAGUAAAUGAGGGAUCAGCAUGGUCUCUCCCUUUUUUUUUUCCACAAAAAUUAUAUAAAUACUCGAAGAACUUAAUUUUUAUAUUUCCUAUUUGAUGUAUUAAUGAAGUAAAAAUCUGGAGUUUCG